GACGCCGCGUAUAUAAGCGCCGGCCCGCCGUCUCACAGCGUUCUUGUGAAGAGAGACAACCCAGCCAGCAACAUGAUCCGUGCCGUCGUCUUCGCCCUGGUGGUGGCCUGCGCCACGGCCGCGUUCCUCCCGGUCGUGGACGUGGACCGCUCGUUCCCGGUCCGCGAUGAGUUCGACCGGCCGAUCUACACGCUCGGCGACAAGGCCGCCUUCGACGUGCGCACCAAGACCCUGCGCACGGAGCAGGACGUGCCGAUCGUGCCGGUCGCCCCCGUCGCCCCCGUCGCCUACCACGCCGCCCCCGUCGCCUACCACACCGCCCCCAUCGCCUACCGCGCCUCGCCCCUCGCGGUGUGGUAAGCGCGUACGGCGCCCACGCCGUCCGCUACAUCUAAGCGAUAGGGCGGUGUUGAGGAGACCUCCGCGGCUGGCGGAGGCGGCAGUUCGGGACACACGCCUUGCGAGCACACCGGGCCGGGUCGGGCCGAUCCGAGUGACCCGGCGAGCUGGGCGUGACGUCACACCCCUGGCUGUGACGUCACACCCUGGCGCCGCGUCAGCGACGGCCGAGGCAUCACACUUCACAAGACCCCGUCACAUUCCAAACAACCGCGGUCAUCUGGGUUGAUUUGCACUCGUGCAUGGAAUACACGUUUUGAGAUGA